CCAAUUCGAAAAGCCACCCCAGUCAUCACAUUACCGAGAUCGAGGAUCCAGGUCGUGACUGGAAUCUACACUCAGCACCUACAACAGCCAACACUCCAUCCACCAACCCGACAAGAUGUCUUACAACAAGCCCGAGAAGGACUUUGGCGAGGGUCCCAAGAUCCACAAGAUCCGAAUCACCCUCACCUCGCGCAAUGUCAAGUCCCUCGAGAAGGUCUGCCAGGAGCUCAUCGACCGUGCGAAGAACAAGGAGCUCCGUGUCAAGGGCCCCGUCCGCCUGCCCACCAAGCACCUGAAGAUCACCACCCGCAAGACCCCUUGCGGUGAGGGUUCCAAGACUUGGGACACGUACGAGAUGCGCAUCCACAAGCGCCUCAUCGACCUCCACGCCCCCACCGAGGUCGUCAAGCAGAUCAUCAUCAACAUCGAGGCUGGUGUCGAGGUUGAGGUUACCAUUGCCGCUUAAGCGCUUGCUUUGGCAAGGGAUUGGACGAGUGUCAAGGGUCUGAAUAGACAAGUGGCUAUGAACAGCUAUAGCAGCUGGGACAUGAAAUGUAAUGAUUCAAGACUCGACCUCUUUUAUGUGCUGUGUCCUUGAGGUUAUUGCUCUGCAUGCUAUGAUUCCAUAGUUGCCAUGCGUAUGGUGUCGUGCCGUGAAGAUAGAAACGAUAGCGUAAAGCUGGUAAGGGCAGACACACGCUUAGUAGGGUAGAAAUAGUGCGGGACAAAGUGGUGACGAGAAAGAUUCAGUGAGAAAAGAGGUGCACUGCAAGAGCGAAAGAAGGGUUGAAGGAAGCCUGGAGUAUGCAAAAUCUGGAAACUCGGCAGCCCUAAAGCUUGCAGAGACGAAGAUAUU